AGAUGGCACCCCCAGUGUUCAUCCCUCGGCCGGAGACAGAGGAGCUGGUCGAGUGGGUGCUGGAGGAGGUGGCCCAGAAGCCCCGUGCGGUGGGAGCCCAAGGCGGCCCCCUCAUCCUGGAGGUGGGCUGUGGGUCGGGAGCCAUCUCCCUCAGCCUGCUGAGCCAGCUGCCCCAGAGCCGAGUCAUCGCUGUGGAUAAGGCAGGAGCCGCCAUCUCCCUGGCCCGAGAGAACGCCCAGAGGCUUCAGCUGCAGGACAGGAUCCGGAUCGCCCCCCUCGAUGUGACCUUAGAGGGCAGCUGGGCACAGCUUCUGCCCUGGGGCCCCAUGGACCUGCUCGUCAGCAACCCUCCCUACGUCUUCCACCAGGACAUGGCGCAGCUGGCCCCUGAGAUCCGCAGCUACGAAGACCCCGCAGCCCUGGACGGCGGGGAGAAGGGCAUGGACGUCAUCGUGCACCUCCUGGCCCUGGCCCCUCGGCUCCUGAAGGACUGCGGAAGCCUCUUCUUAGAAGUGGACCCCAGACACCCAGAGCUGGUCGGCAGCUGGCUUCAGAGCCGGCCGGGCCUGUCCCUCGAGCUCGUGGCUGUGCGCAAGGACUUCUGCGGGAGGCCCCGGUUCCUGCAUAUCCGGAGGUCUGGGCCGCACGGUGGCUGCCCUGUGGACGCCUGGCCAGUGCCCCAGCCUGCCGGAGUGCCCGGAUGACACUUCCUCCUGGACUGCUCCUGGGAGAGGUGGGCGCCUUCCAGAGCUGGUGCUGGCGCAUUCCCACGGCUCUGGGUGCCCUGCUCUCCAUUUUAGGAGACUUGGGGCAAAAGGAAGGGAGGGGUGUCCUUCCUGCUUCCCGGGGCAGCAAAGAGCAAGGGCACCCCCAGUCCAGCUCCGGAGCUGAGGGACCCAGGGGCCCAGUCUGGCUCCGUCCCACCGGCAGGGCCAGUGCAGCUGCUUAGCGUCUCUGGUGGGACAGCUCGGGAGCGGGGAGAGCUGGCCAAUAAAGUGUCAAGGGCG